AUGGGCGUAAUCAAAGUGACUCCGGACACCGCUUCCCUGAUCUCCGUGUGCGACAUGCUCGAUGACAUGAAGAGCGAAUCGAGCUAUACUUCCUCGGAAGAAGGCUGCGGCGGCGGCGAACGGCACGCCGUGCUUAGCUACGAGCAAGUGCGGCGACUGAACGACGUCAUGGAUGAAGUGGUGGCCAUCCAUGGCCGCGGCAACUUCCCCACUCUACAUGUGCGUCUGCGCGAACUGGUCGCGGGCGUCCGUGCCAGAUUGGAAGCCGCCCAGAGCGCCGGCGGGGCUGGUAUCAACGUUCGAGACGUGCGCCUCAACGGUGGCGCCGCUAGUCACGUCCUCGCCGAUCGGGCACAACCCUACUCAGACAUAGACCUUAUCUUCACAGCCGAACUCACCACGGCCCGCCAUUGCGACCGCGUUAAAGCGGCCGUUCUUGGACAUUUAGCAACCCUACUUCCACCAGCUACGCCCCGCCGGCGCGCUACACCUGCUGGCCUCAAAGAGGCCUAUGUAUCCAAAAUGGUGCGCGUUACCUCGGACGGUGAUCGCUGGUCCCUCAUCUCCCUGGGAAACUCGCGCGGUCACAAAUCCGUCGAGCUCAAAUUCGUUGACACGAUGCGUCGUCAAUUCGAGUUCUCCGUGGACUCUUUCCAAAUCGCUUUGGACUCGUUGCUAGCAUUCCACGAAUGUGCACAAUUGCCCAUCAGCGAAAACUUCUACCCCACAGUCGUCGGCGAGUCCGUUUAUGGGGACUUCAAUGAGGCUCUGCUCCAUUUGACGGAGAAAUUGAUCGCCACCCGGCAGCCCGAAGAGAUACGCGGUGGUGGGCUUUUAAAGUAUUGCGCGUUGCUCGCAAAGGGUUAUAGAGCGGCGCGACCCGACAAGAUCAAGACCUUGGAGCGCUACAUGUGCUCGCGAUUUUUCAUCGACUUCCCCGAGUUGGGGCAACAGCGCGCUAAGCUCGAGGCCUACCUGCGGAACCAUUUCGUGGGCCGAGAAGAAGAGGCGCUAAAGCACAGGUACCUGACACUGCUACACAGCGUGGUGCGCGAGUCGACCGUGUGCCUGAUGGGCCACGAACGGCGGCAGACGCUGGCGCUGAUCGAGGCGCUGGCGUGCCGCGAGCUGUGCGCGCGCGCGCCUAUCAUGGUGCCGGCUCCGGUGGGGCACGUGGGUGCCAUGGGCCCCGUGGGCGCCAUGGUGCCGGGCUACGUGGUGUGCGUGUGCGCGUGCGCGGCGUGCGCCUGCGCCUGCGCGUGCGAGUGCUGCCGCGCUGCCCUGUGCCCCGCGUGA